UGCGCUCUCUCUCUCUCUCUUCCUCUUUAUUGUCUCAAAUUCCAAGUUUUCUUUUUUUGCUUUUUUGAAAGGACUCAAAUUCCAAGUUUUGAACUCAUAGUCAUAGAAAGUGACAUUUUCUUUUAUAAAUAAAAGCUCGUUACUUUUCUCUUGUGAUCUUGGAUAGAACCGAAAACAGGCGCCACUGUUAUCGUUCCAAAUGGAGAAAACUCAAGAAACUGCACUGGCCCAGUUGAGGAAGUCAGUUGAGAAGCUUGGCUCCUCUACAGAGGAAUAUAAGGAUGCAACUUUGAUGAGAUUCUUGAUUGCGAGAUCAAUGGAUCCAGAAAAGGCAGCAAAGAUGUUCAUUCAAUGGCAAAAAUGGAGGGCAACAUUUGUUCCAAAUGGUUUCAUUUCAGAGUCUGAAAUUCAAGAUGAACUUGAAUCAAGAAAGGCUUUUUUGCAAGGUUUAUCAAUAGAGGGAUAUCCAGUUUUUCUUGUCAAAUUAAAAUUGCAUUUUCCAUCGAAGGACCAUCUCCAGUUCAAGAAGUACGUGGUUCAUCUGCUAGACAAAACGAUUGCAAGCUCAUUCAGAGGAAAAGAAAUAGGAAAUGAGAAGUUGAUUGCCAUUAUUGAUCUGCAGCACAUUUCAUAUAAGAACAUUGAUGCACGUGGGUUUAUCGCUGGAUUUCAAUGUUUGCAGGCAUAUUAUCCAGAGCGUCUAGCAAAGCUUUACCUCCUACAUAUGCCGCGAUUCUUUGUUAGUGUUUGGAAAAUGAUUUCUCGAUUCCUUGAGAAGGCAACACUGGAAAAGAUUAUGAUUGUCAGCAACGAUGAAGAAAGAAGAAAUCUCAUAAAGGAGAUUGGUGAAGAAAUUUUACCAGAUGAGUAUGGUGGUCGAACAAAGCUUGUAGCUUUCCAGGAUGCUUUACUACCCCAGUUGGAGGAUUGAUCCCAAGAUAGGUUCAAAAGGUGGCUGCUAAAAAGACAGCUUUUCUCCCUUUUCAGUCCUUCGAAUAAUAUACAAGAGGAACGCAGCUCUUCACUUCCUAUAACCCUUACAUCACAAUCUAGUGGAAUUUGAACUUGAUAUCUCUCGAAAGAGAUUUCAAUUUACGGUUAUAGUUAUAGUGAUCCCAUGGGAGCAACAAUGUUUAAAGCUGUUGAAUAUAUGAAUAAUAUAUAUUAACUUCAAAGGCAGUGGCUAAUUACAAUUUUAAAUACAUAUUUAAUUAACGUUGACUAGCUA